UAACAGAAAAGUGAUGACGUCGACGGGAGAUUCUCGAAAGCGAAAACACAAAAGUCUGUUUCGGGCUUUGAUCUUCUCUUGUUCUUCCAUUCACUCUGCAUUCUCAUUAUACGUUAUAACAUCUACUUCUAUAUCUACUUCUAUAUCUACUGCUUCUUCUUCUUCUUCCUCCUCUCCUCUUCUUUAUCCACGCAAUGACCCUCCUCGUGGUGUCUCUAUAUCUUCCGCACACCAUCCACUUCAACGUCGAUGAUCCCGCCCUCGUCGACAACGUAGUCUCUUCGCCCAUCCUCUCCCGCACAACCUCCUCCUUCGACCAGCGUCCGGCUCCCCACCCCCACCCGAAGGCCACCCCGCUGCCCUCGCCCUCGCCCGUCCCGAACUUCAUCCAGUCCCUCGCCUCGCGCGUCACCUCCGCCAACAACACCCCGCCUGCCUCUCCGCCCACCAGCGAGAACGUCAAGGACUUCUUCUACAAAUACGUCCAGCCCUCGCAGCCGACCUCGCUCAGCUCCGCGCUCCCACUGCACCACGACGACGACUCCCUUCCUGCCGGUCCGACCGCCGCCCUCGAGUUUGAGAAAAACUUCCGCAACAUCUACGCGCUCUCGGUCGAGAAGAAGCGUCGCGAAGCCGUAACCAAGGCCGCCGCUGCUACUUCCUCCGGCUCGGUUCCAGCCGGCUCUGCGUCCGCAUCAUCCUCCUCGUCACUCACCGCCACGCUCCGCAGCGCCGCGGCUCCGACCGUCACACAUCCCAAAUCGCGCGCAAACUCGCCUCCGCCGGCGAAGCGGAUCGUCGAUUCGCGCGCGCCGACCGUGCCAAACACGCCGUCGCUGAAGAUCGCGCCGCGGAGACCGGCGCCGCUCGCGCCGCUGUCGCCCAAGGAUCCCGCGGCGGUGUUUUCGUCUGCGCCGUGGAGUAUCGUAAAGUACCACAAGGGCAACGGCGGGUUGCGGAACGCGAUUGCGCGCGCAGAGGCCGAGGGCUCGAUUACGGAUAAGAAAUGGAUCGGCACGCUCGGCAUGCCUACGGACGCGAUCGACGAGAACAUGCGCAAGAGCUUUGAGGCGGUGCUGAUGGAGAAGAACCAGGAGGCGCCGGUGUUUGUGUCGGACUCGACUAUGGAAGGUCAUUAUACGCACUACUGCAAGGACAUUCUCUGGCCGACGUUUCACUACCAGAUCCCGGACAAUGCAAAGUCGAAAGCGUACGAGGACCACUCGUGGGUGCACUACCAUGCGCUCAACAAGGCGUUUGCGGACGUCGUGAUUCAGAAUUACAAGCCGGGCGACACGAUCUGGGUGCACGACUACCAUCUGCUGCUGGUACCCGGUCUGAUCCGCGAGAAGAUCCCGGAUGCGAAGAUUGGGUUUUUCCUACACAUUGCGUUCCCGUCGUCCGAGGUCUACAGAUGCCUGCCGACGCGGAAACUGCUGCUGCGCGGCAUGCUCGGCGCGGACGUGGUCGGGUUCCAGAGCAACGAGUACGCGCGGCAUUUCCGGCAAACCUGUCAGGUUGUGCUGGGACUGCUUGCGAACCGCGACGGGUCGAUUGACUGCGACGGCCGACGGGUGAGCGUGACGGACGUCGCGAUCGGGAUCGAUCCGCCGUCGCUGAAGGCGCUGGGCGAGGAUCCCGAGGUGAAGCGGUGGCGGCGGAUGCUGCGGGAGCGGUGGCCGGAUAAGAAGAUGAUUGUCGGGCGGGAUAAGCUGGAUCAGUUCCGGGGCGUGCGGCACAAGCUGUUGGGAUACGAGCGGUUUUUGCAGAAUCACCCGGAGUACAAGGAGAAGGCAAUUUUUAUCCAGGUGUGUUUGACAAACAUUGCGUCGCAGGAUCUCGAGUCUGAGGUGUCUGAUAUCGUGACGCGGAUCAAUUCGUCGACGCACGUCGUGUCUGAGCCGCCGGUGGUGUUUCUGCACCAGGAUAUCUCGUUCGAGCAGUACCUCGCGCUACUGUACGAGGCGGAUGUCUUUGUAGUGACGUCGCUGCGCGAGGGAAUGAACCUGACGUGCCACGAGUACAUUUACUGCCAAAGCGAGACGAGCAAAGGCCCGCUGAUCUUGUCAGAGUUCACGGGCUCGGCGGCGGUGUUUGGGAAUAACUGUUUGCUGGUGAAUCCGUGGGACAGCGUUGAGGUAGCGGAUGCGUUUGAGAAGGCGCUGACGAUGCCGAAGGAGGAGAGAGAGCGGAGGUAUAAGGCUUUGUAUGCGGAGGUGACGACGAAUACGUGCGCGCACUGGGUGCGGUUGUUUUUGAAUAAGUUGAAUAAGGCGUGGGAGGUGAAUCACGGAGGGGAGAAGGAGUAGAUGGUAGUAGAUGAUCUGUUUAGAGGUGGAUUAAUAUCAGU